UAAAAAGCAUUGGUAUAGCAUUGGGUUUAAAUUAAUAUUUAUAUAUAAAAUAUUGAAAACAAUAUUGAACUUUAUAAUAUUUUCAUUAGUAAUUUCAAUAUUAAAAGAUUAACUACUCUAACUACUAAUUAACUAUUAACGAUAUAUCGAAAUAUAUUGUAUCGAUCUUUUUAAAGAGUAUCGAUAUAUUAUGUAUAAUAAAUGUGGUUAACUUUAGUCGUUAGUGUUAUUUUGAUGUGUAAGUGAAUUAGUUUUGUGUUCUUUACGACUUUGUUACACAAAAAAUUGAACAAUAAAUUUUAUUACAUAUACGAGGUUGGAUCAAAAAGUUUAAUACAAUUGUGUUAGUGAGAAUUGUCAGAUCUAGAUCAAUACAUCAUUAUUGUGUUAAAGUUUGUGGUUGUUAUGUAUUAGUUUUGAAAAAAUGUGUUAGAACGAUCGUGACGUCCUUCGAUUUCUAAAACAUACGAAAAUGUGCAAAAAAGUGUACGAAUAUUUAUCAAUUUAUAACGAUAUUUCGUAUCCUUUCCUAACUGCAGUCUAUACACUCAUCACAAUUAUUAGUGGACUAACAUUUUGUGCAAAAGGGAAGAAGUUAUUGGAAAUGUUGCUCUUAUGAAGUGUACUAGAUUUUGUCCCCCGAGGGUACCAAGAGUCCAAAGAAAAGAGCCCCCUACUAAGAGACAGCUUGGUCGAUAUCCAAGAAUACCCUUCACCAACGAACAGAUCGCCAUUUUAGAAGAAAAAUUUCAAGAGAGUCCUUAUUUGAGCAGCGAAGAAGCUUCUAAUCUCUCGAAGAAACUACAACUGACGGACGUCAAGGUUAAAAUUUGGUUCCAGAAUAGAAGAGCGCGAAAAAGAAGAGAAGAAAUGGGACAGAGUAGGAAAGAAGAAGUGACCAGGCGCGAAAGUAGGGAAAUGGUGGAAAGUACGACCGGUACUAGUCAUUUUGAACGAAGAAGCGCCUCGGCGACUCCAUUUUUUUACGUUAGUCCUUCGAAUGUGCUUGAAUUGGGACAUCGGUGAUAUAAUAUAAAUGUAUAUAUGUAAAAUUGUAUAUAAUUCUUGUAAUAAAUUCCGUUUUUCAAUAAUUAUUUGACGUUUUUCUUAACCUAACCUCACUUUUCAACUAUAAGUUUCAAAAUAAAUUUUGAUUUAAAAAAGGCUGUAAAUUAAUAUUGUACACCACUGAUGUAUUUUAUUAUAAUCUUCUAAACAAACUUAACGGCUUUAAGUAAUUCCGUUAAGAAAAGUAUGUUAACUACAUACAAAGCUCAAUAGCUACAAUCGUUUAUUACUAGACAUGGUAAGUACAAUAAUUUUACGUUUCAUUUUAUAAGAAAAUUUCAAAGUACAAUCAUAACUUACUUUAUAAUCAAUAAUUACAAAUAAAUAUAGAAUAUAAAUACCAAUUGGGCAUGUAUACAAACCAUUUGCAGUUUUUAUUUAAGUCAGAUUCUAAAUAAUUGGAAAUUACAUUCACUCUGUAUACAUCAAAGUAGUAUCCGGUAAUUAAAGUUUAUGUUCCAAAUUUAUAUCAACUUGAUUCAUAUUUACAAAAUCGUCACAGAGUUUUUAAUAUUUUCCAUUAGUUUUACUCGUAUUUAUCACUAUUUAAAUCUUAAAUUAAAACUAAUUUUACUCGUCUAUUUUCCGAUCUUCUUUUUUCACACUCAAAAAAGUCUUGUACGAUAUUUUCACUUAGUAACUAUAGAUAAUCAAUAAAGUUAACGAAUAAAAAUAACUCUUUUGUUUUUAAUUCUCUAUGGAUCACUCUACUUCUUUUUUAUCUCUUUAUAUCAUAUUUCUAAUAACCUUAAAAUAGGUACUAAAAUAUUUUAUUUCAUUUUUAAUUAUGUAUUUAUUACAUAUACAGAUUUUAAUUUAACAAAAAAUAAAUGUAGUUACAGAUAUCAUUUGUUGUUCAGUUGAUCUCGUUAAUUCUACUUGUGGUUUGUGACGAAAAACUUGCAAAAGAAAAUGAAAAAACGAAUUUUAACAAUACAAAUAUUAGUGGACAAGAAAGAGGAGGAAGACAAUUAAUCUAUUACAACCCCAUUGAGGCAGAUCAUAAAAGAUAUACGGGAUGGGCAGUAUCUAAUAACAAACGAAAUGAUAACAGAUACAAUCCAUACAAUCAGCUAAAUUCUUAUAGAAGACAAGCUUUUUUCCCAAUAAAAAAUAGAAAUCCCGUUAGUUCAUAUAGUAAUCAACAAAACACUUUUCAAAAUCGCAUUCCUUCCAAUCGGCGGCGGCCGACGGUUAUUAGAAGACCCAGUGGAAACAUUAUUGGUACCAGGACAACGAAAAAACCCGUUUCCAAAAAGAAAUUUAAACCUUCAUUCAUUAUGAUGUGAGAUUCUAUUCUUAUAAAUGAGUUAUUUCAUAUAAUAUAUACAAAUCAAAAAGAAAAUAUCGAAUAAAUUUAAUGUUAUGAAAGAUAAA